UUGUAGCUGCAGAGAUCAGAUGGAGACGAGUGUGGCUGACUCCCCAGCAUCACACACGGGCUGCUGGCGGACGGGGCCAACUAAACUUGAUUCUCCCGCAAGAAAGCAGUCAAGUGCACACGGAAAGCCAAAAACUCUAGGGACAUUAUCUCCAGACUCGUUUUUGCUUUUUAUUUCCUGGAAUUCGCGAUUGUUUUCAGUUACUGCCGGACUAUGAAUUAAACAAAAGCGUCUUAUCCCGUCUAAGGACGCCAAGUACGGUAAAGCCCUGUUUGGUCUCCUAACGUGAUAUCUUGUUGGAAAUUGGGUAAAGACGGUUUUUUUUCAUGAGCUCGAAAACGAAUUUGACGUGUGGGAAAACGGAGGGAAGUGAUCAUAGUUACCUGAAGGAAGCUUGACUUUAUCAUCAGACUGAAACUUCAGUGUCGAAAUGACUACGAUGCUUAUAGUGCAGCUAUGCACUGGUCUUAAUGGUUGUCCAUAGGCAACAAUCAAAAUACGCUGUGUGUUCUCUUGAACUUGAUCUUACUUUUGAAUUGGAGGGGGGUUAUGAGCGCAUCUCUCAUGCGAUUUAGUCCCGUUAAGACAAGCCAUCUUGGGCUCCAUCGUCUCUCACAAUGACUCAAGGAGCAACCCUUGUGUUUGACUGGCUAUCGACCCUAAAGCUGUCUCAAUAUGUGGAGGCGUUUGUGGAUAAUGGAUAUGACGACUUGGAAGUUUGCAAGCAAAUUGGGGAGCCGGACCUCGAUGCCAUCGGUGUCCGCGUAGAGUACCACAGACACAGGCUGCUGAGCGCCGUGGCGAGGCUGAGAGAGGCAGACCACAGGAAGUCACCUGGACACUAUUUCACCCUGGAGCCGCUUAACCCAGAUGGCUCCAAUCGUCCGGCUCUCCUUCAGCCGCAGAAGGAGAGGGACCUGUGGGGAACCAGCAGGGAGGGCACCGGGACCGCGGCCUUCAGGCACCAAGCCUCCUGCCCGGGCAACCACAACCCCAGGUUCACCGAUUGUAAUGACUUCGUUACUUAUCCCAAAUUGAAGCUCAAGAUAUUGAUCAGGGAUAAACUGGCCAAAGAGGGGAUCAACUUGAGCAAAGCACCUUAUACACACAAGGAUGGGACUGCGGGCAGCAUCGGUGUGCUGGCCAAGGAGUACUCUCGCUUCUACGGGACCUCGCUCAGCGACGUGUGUGAGAGGAUGGAGGAGCUACGCAAGCGCAAGCUAGUGCAGGAGGCCGACAAGGGAAAGAUUGAGUCAGCCGCCUCGUCUGUUCAGCUCCGCACGCAGAUCCAGGAGUCCCUGGGCUUCAGCAGUGCCAUGUCGACCCCAGAAACCGACAGACGGUUCCCUGUGCAAAAGUCCAGUUCAGAUGAUGGAGCAGGGGGAAAGUCGGAAGGCAAGAGAAAGAACAAAUCUUUUUGGCUGAACUUCCGGAAGUCACAGAAAGGGCUCCCACGACAGCCUUCAAGAGCGGGAGAUGAUGUUGGUUUCGUGGCCAGCGAGAUCACGAUGAGUGACGAAGAGCGCAUCCAGCUGAUGAUGAUGGUGAAGGAGAACAUGAUCUCUGUGGAGGAGGCCCUGGCACGGCUGAAGGAGUUUGAGCUCCAGAACCGCCACACCUUCAGGGCGGAGCCGGUGGAGUGGGCCGAGCCUGGCGGGACCCCCACCCAAGACCCGCUCAGCUGCAACACGUGUGAGCUGUCGGACUCGGAGCAGGAGGAGUCGCUGGCCUUCCGGAGGCUUCAUAAGCUCGUCAACUCCACCCGCAAGGUGAAGAAGAAGCUGAUCAGGAUCGAGGAGGGCAGGAGGCCCGGCCCGGAAGAGUGUUUGAGUCUCGAGGCGUCUCCCCGCCGCCCGGCCGGAGACGCGGCCGCCGUUGCGUCUCUGUACGCCGACGUCAACAAGAGGCACCCCGCGGCGUCGGGGUCGGCGUGCUCCGCAGACGGCACGGUGGACACCCUGGCGGCCGCCCUGCGCGAGCAGCUGGCCUACGACCGCGACUCGGACAGCCUGGCCACCUCCACCUCGCCCUCCCGCUCCUCCAGCAGUCUGGACACCUGCAGCAGCCACAGGACCGUGUUCAGCCACGCCGCCGCCGCCGCCAGCCUGGGCCGUCACCACGGCAACAGGCUCCUGUCGGGGGGGCGGGGGGCGGGCGGGGGCGACGGCCAGAGGCCCCCGCUGGCGCGCUCUAUGACGGACGGGGAGCUCCGACAGCGGGCCCUUAGUCCCCUCAGCCUCCCAGGGAGAACGUGUAGUUUCGGAGGAUUUGAUCUGAACAACCGCAUCCUGCACUCUUUCCACUGCGACUGUGAUUCUUCCAACAAAGAUGGAGGCGGUGCGAGGGACAACGUUAAAUCCCCAACGACGUCCCGCAUUUCUCUGGGCAAGAAGGUCAAGUCUGUGAGGGACACCAUGAGGAAGCGGAUCUCCAAGAGAUACCACUGUUCCCUCUCUGAGCAGUCCAGUCCGGACCGCCCGUCCAGCUGCCCCCAGUCCCCCCACAGGGAGCCCGGCUCCCCGGGGAAGGCCAAGCUGGGGGGGUCCGUGGAGAGCCUCCGCAGCUCCCUCAGCGGACAGAGCUCCAUGAGCGGUCAGACUGUGGGAACCACAGAUUCCUCCAACAGCAACAGGGAGACGGUGAAGUCUGAGGAUGGGGAGGAGGACGAGCUGCCGUACGGCGGGCCCUUCUGUGGGCGCGCCCUGGUGCACACCGACUUUACCCCCAGCCCCUACGACGCAGACUCCCUCAAGCUGAAGAGUGGAGACAUGAUUGACGUCAUCAGCAAGCCUCCGAUGGGCACCUGGAUGGGGCUGCUGGGCGGGAAGGUGGGCACCUUUAAGUUCAUCUACGUGGACGUGGUGAGCGAGGAGCCGGAGGCCAAGCCCAAGAAAAACCGUAGGAGGAGGAAGGCCCGCCAGCCCAAGCCCACCUCCGUCGACGAGCUCCUGGACCGCAUAAACCUCAAGGAGCACCUCCCCACCUUCCUGUUCAACGGCUACGAGGACCUGGACACCUUCCAGCUGCUGGAGGAGGAGGACCUGGACGAGCUGAACAUACGGGACCCCCAGCACCGCGCGGUGCUGCUCACCGCCGUGGAGCUGCUGCAGGAGUACGACGGCAGUAGUGACCCGGAGCAAAGCGGCCAAUCUGGGGACAAGGAGCUCCUAGAGAGGCGUGGCCUACUGGCGGACUCUCCGCGGGACUCGGGCUGCUACGAGAGCAACGAGAACCUGGCCAACGGACGGGACCGACGGACGUCUUCCAUCAGCAGGUCUUCCUCUGGCUUUGAGUCCAGCCACCUCCUGACCCCAGAGACCCCCAUCCACCCUCGGAUGCCGCCCCACCCCUCCUGCCCAAGUAAAACCACCCCCGGGAGCCCCCAGGACGGAGCUCCAGACCUGCAUGGUCCCACCAGGCCUCGGCCCCUCUGCAGAGCCAUAGCAAGGAGCUGGAGCUAUGUGGAGCUAAGGGACAUUAGGAUGGAGCCAGCCCCGCCGCGGAGCUGCCUCUCCCUGGAGGACCUCCAGAACCAACCAGAAUCUAGUAGCCGCCUGGAGGACCUGAAGUUAACAGAGGCUAGCACCGUCGUAGUGGAAGGGAAGCAGCAAGUAUGGAAUCUCCACGGAAACACUCCUUCCUCUGGGUCAGUUAGCGUGACGUUUGUCUUGGACCAGAACCCCGUCGCCGCCAGGGAGGCGUUGGUCACCGACACCUCUGAAAGAAACACGAUCCAUCAGACAGCUAGCGCACAGCUCACACCGAACCACAAGGUGUUCCCAUCUCAUCCCGGGUCGAGAUCUGCCUCUCCAGGCCCAGGAAGACCAAACGCUGUAUCCACAGAAAGGGACAUCGAUACCUCCUUCCCACCGGGGGCCCCCGUGGACCCCCGCCUGUCACUGGAGGGAAACAGAGAGCGGCUGGAUGUGGACCAGGUUAGAGUCCCUCAGCUGCAGUGCUCCGGGAUCACACCCGGGAACCUGGGGAGCCUAGAGUGCCUGGUGGAAGAGAGGCUGCAGACGCAGGGCAUCGACCUGACCGCUGAACCCUUCUCAGACAAGCACGGUUGCUAUGGAAUCCCUCGCUCUGUGGUCGAGAAGAUGUCUAUUGAGCUGGACCGCUCUGUGGACGAGGUCACCAUUGCCAUGGAUACAGUGAGAAUCCGCGAGCUUGGUAUUCAGUGUCGCUUGGCAGUAUCAAUAAACGGCUUGUUAUCAAUAAGUGGGUCGAACCCCGGGCUACUCUAACCCUUUAACAUGGAUACCACGAGGAGAAGACUACUGCAAGGACUGGCUGUACAAAGUUUGGAUGUGUUGUGAUACUGACAAUGGACAGUAAAGAGUCACUGGCUUCUCUUUCGGACAAAAGUUGCUGCUGUUCAGAAAUAAAUACAUUAAAUACAUUCAAAGAAUCCAUGCUACCCCUGAGGGCAGUGUAAUUGCAAUCUGAUGUUGAGAUGGUUAUGUGUGAUGGUACGCCACGGAUUAGAUGCAUUCAAGCUAUUGAUUGUCAAUAAAGUUUGUAACAACAAGGUAGAGGAAGCAAUUUUAGGGCAAUGAAGGACGCAAAUUGUAUGGCCAUCAUUUCUUUAUUUAAUACCGUUGAAAAAAAGAGCUGUGAUUACAGGGUAUGACAAUGAGAACUGCCAAAAAAGGCAUCAAUUAAAUAAAAGAUUAGAAAUACA